AUGGCGGAUCGGGUGUUCAGAUCUGGCCGUCGGCGGUGCUCGAUCGACCACUCGCUGGCGGGGAAGUCGUGCGGCGGAGGGAGGGACUGGAGGCAAAUCUACGCCGUCUACGGCACCGGCGAGGGGCAGACGCUGGCUUUCCUCCUCGUCCACGCCGCUCUCUUCGCGGCGCUCUCUCUCUCGCUGCUGCUCUAUUUCUCCGCCGUGCUCGAGGGCCUCGAGGGGGCCAGGGCUCGGCUGGUGCCGGCGCUCCUCGUGCCGUUUCCGGUGGUGAGAUUCCUUGUCGGAUUCGUCGGCUCGGUGGCGGCCUUCUUCUCCGUCUGCCUCCUCUUCGCGGCCGGUAAUGUGCUCUACUCUUCGGUGGCGCUUCACUGGGAGAUGGCCCAGCGCAUGCUCCAGGCGGUCCCGGACUGGUCCACUGUGCGCUCCGUCCUCGACGUCGGCUGCGGGCGCGGGAUCCUCCUCAACGCCGUGGCGGCUCGGCUGAAGAAGGAGGGGAGCUGCGGCCGUGUGGUCGGCCUGGCACUGCGGCGCGAGGCCGCGGUGGCGGCGCUGCGGAGGGCCUGGGCGGAGGGCGUCGGCGAGUACGUCACCUGCCGGGACGGCGACGCCCGCCGCCUGCCCUUUGCGGACGGAUACUUCGACGUGGUUGUCUCCGCCGUGCAUCUGAGCGCGGUGGGGAGGGAGCGGCGGGGAUCCUCGUCGGCGUCGGCGGCGGCUGCGGAGCGGGGGAGGGGGCUGGGGGAGGUGGUGAGGGUGCUGAAGCCCGGCGGGGUGGGCGUGGUGUGGGACCUGGUCUGCGUGCCCGAGUACGCGCAGCGGCUGCGGGAGAUGCGCAUGGAGGACGUCCGGGUCUCCGAGAGGGUAACCGCGUACAUGGUCAGCAGCCACAUCGUCUCCUUCCGGAAGCCCGCCGCCGCCACCGACGGCGCCACCACCGCGCCGCCUGACUGGAGGGCCAACAUCGGCUGA